AUGCUUGACGAAGAAUACGAAGAUGCUGCCCACAAACUUAGCAAUAACGAUCAAAACGUAUACUGCUUGGGAUCGGUUGCGGGCCACAACGUUGUGAUUGGCUGCCUACCAGCAGGCCGCAUUGGAACCAACUCAGCGGCAGCUGUGGCGACACAGAUGCAGGCAGCAUUUAAGGGCAUCCGAUUCGGCCUGAUGGUAGGCAUUGGCAGAGGCGUCCCCAGCGCAAAUGCAGACAUCCGACUUGGAGACGUGGUGGUGAGCCAGCCGCAGGAGAGCUUCAGCGGAGUGGUUCAGUACGACUUUGGGAGAAAAACGCCAAACGGGCUUGAGCGGUUUGGAUCGCUAAACUCACCACCUCAAAUAUUGCUCAGCGCUGUAGGCACUGUACAAGCAAAUGCAAUGGUGAGGAAGAGCACACUGCUGGACCACCUAUCAUCACUUGAGUGCAUCUCUACCUUCCAGCGCCGCAACGCAGGGCCCGAUCUUCUGUUCAAGGCAGCCUACAGCCACAAACACAGUGACACGUGCGACCAGUGUAGCAGCGAGUCUCGAGAGUCACGACCAAAACGCAAGAGCGGAGCAGAGGUGACGGUACACUACGGCACGAUCGUAUCUGGCAACCAGGUGAUGAAGGAUGCUGCUGAGAGGGACAGAGUCAGCGCGGAGCUCGGCGGGGUGUUGUGCUUUGAGAUGGAGGCAGCGGGGCUGAUGAACAGCUUCCCGUGCCUUGUCAUUCGCGGCAUCUCCGACUACGCCGACACACACAAGAACUACAAGUGGCAGGCGUACGCGGCAGGGACGGCAGCAGCAUAUGCGAAGGAGCUGUUGUCGGCGAUACCGGCAGCAGACGUGAUGAACACAAGCCGUGCGGAGGAAGCCAUGCCCCGCGGGAACAAACGUUGCUCCUCACCAUCAUCUCCUAAUCAAGCUUACAACAAGCGCAGAAAAACUGGCGUUUCUAGUAGCUUAGAGAGUGGUUUUGCAGAGCAACAAGCUAUCCACUUACAGGAACCUUCAAGAAUGCUGCUGAACAAUGAACAAAGGAAGAGUCUGUUAGAUUCUCUUAAAUUUGAGCAAAUUGAUGCGCGCCAGAUGACAAUUAAGAAUGCCCACGCCAGGACGUGCCGAUGGCUCCUGAAGAGUGAGCAGUACCUCAGCUGGCUUGAUUCGAGCAAGGUAAGUGAGCAUCACGGCUUCCUAUGGAUCAAGGGCAAAGCUGGGACAGGCAAGUCAACGUUGAUGAAGUAUGCGCUGGUCAAUGCUCGCAAGACUAUGAAAGACCACAUCAUGCUCUCCUUCUUCUUCAACGCGCGCGGCGAGGAUAUAGAGAAGUCUACAACUGGGACAUACCGGUCGCUGCUGCUGCAGCUUCUUGAGCGGCGGCCGGCGCUUCAAACCGUCUUUGGUUCGCUUGGUAUAUCCUUAUUGAACUUUAGCGCGGACCACUGGUGGAACAUCGAGGCGCUGAAGACGCUGCUAGAGCAAGCCAUACGGAGCUUAGGAGACUCGCCUGUCGUAUGCUUCAUCGAUGCGCUUGACGAGUGUGAAGAAGGGCAGGUUCGGGACAUGAUCCAGUUCUUUGAGCACAUGGGCGAUCUAUCUGUAUCAAACGGCAUCUGCUUCCAGGUCUGUUUCUCAAGCCGGCACUACCCGUACAUCACAAUCCGCAACGGCUUGGAGCUAGUGUUAGAGGGACAAGAGGGACACUCGCAAGACAUCACCAACUACGUCGAGACUGAGCUAAAGAUUGGUAAGAGCAAGGCCGCACAGCAAAUUCGAGCUGAGCUACAGGAGAAGGCGUCAGGAAUCUUUAUAUGGGUUGUUCUUGUAGUUGGCAUGUUGAACAAAGAGUUAGACUGCGGGUAUGUCCACACGCUCCGGCGAAAACUACGAGAGAUCCCUAGCGACUUGCACGAGCUGUUCCGCGAUAUCUUGACACGAGACACACAUAAAAAAGCUGAACUAGUCUUGUGUAUCCAGUGGAUACUUUUUGCAAAGCAGCCACUCAGCCCAGAGCAGCUGUAUCAUGCGAUCCUAUCAGGCGUUCAUCCUGAAGAAGUGGUAGAAUGGAAUCCAGAGGAGAUCACCAAAGACGUAGUUAAGCGAUUCAUCCUUAAUUCGUCUAAAGGUCUUGCAGAAGCCACUGUGUCUAUGGAGCAGAAAGUCCAAUUUAUACACGAGUCAGUGAGAGACUUCCUACUCAAGGAGAACGGCCUUGGAAAGAUCUGGCCAGAGUAUGAAAACAACUUUCAGGGUCAAAGUCAUGACUAA